GCUGAUAUUCAUAAAGCGGGGGAGAGGGAGGUAAUACACGUCAUAGCUCAUGAUUCGACCUCACCACUACAUCCAGCCCAUUCCCCAAAUCGAGAUAUCACUGCAAAGCAAUCACAGUCAGGAUAUUUGCUGCAAGUAAUCGCUAAAACAAACUCUACAAUGGUCGCCGUCGAAGAAGUCAGGGAUUCUUCCCUCCCCCAAGAACACGAGUCUGACUACGAGACCGACUCGGACGUCCUCUCGGUCUCGGACGUUUCCGACGACGACGACAUUGCCAACGAGACGUACACGGACAGGUUGAUCGCACUCAAAGACAUCGUACCCCCCUCGACGAGGCUCGAGGCCGUGAGGAAAUGGCAACAGGCCACCUCGUGGGUGUCGACGGGUUCGCAGUGGGCUGGAAACGCCGUAUGGAUCAUCACCACGAGUGCGCUCUUGGUCGGUCUGCCUUUGGCGUUGGCGAUCGAGGACGAGGCUAGGAUCGUCGGUCAGGAGAAGGAGUUGCAGAUGCAGCAGAGUGGGCAGCAGUCGCUUUUGGGGGCUCCCCAGGCAGGCCAGCCAAGCGGUGUCGUUCCUCCCGGAUUCUAAGCUUGCAGGAUGUUGAAGAGAAAUGUGACCUAGACACGAUGACGAGCGAUGGCUGGAAGAUGGUUUACGAGUUCCCAAAUCCCCCUAUCAUUGUAUUUUUACCUCCAACGGCGGGACCUCGACUCCGCGUGGAUUGUCCAAGCAUGAAAGAUGAAAAUGAGCCCGGACGAGCUUGAACAAAGAUUAUAUUGAUGGAUAUA